AAACGCAAGGAGGACUCUGCUGUGCUCUACUCCAGCCCCAAGCCCUGUGGGAUUGUGCAGCCCCAGAGCACAGCAGAGAUCCCAGUUGUGGUGGCAGUGCAGGCCCUGGGCACUCAUCGCACCGACGUUCUCAUCGGCGUGUUCGGGGAUGAGAGAAACCCCCUGAGAGCACAAUUACGGAGCUCAGGACGGCUGGCAGAAAUCUCCCCAAGCCCAAGGCUGGCAGAGCUUGGCAGGAUCCCAGCACCACAGCCUGUAGAUGAGCUCCACCCACCUAAAUUCAAACCCCAGCCACCGAAGGAGAGGAGAACCAGUCUGGAUUGCCCGGCAACUCGAUGGAGGCACUUCAGGACUGGAAAGGCUUUCAGUAUCCUGCCACUGCCAGGUGUGCUGCAGCCAGGAGAGAGCCAGCAGGUCUCCUCCACCCUCUCUGGCCACCUCACCACCACCUGCAAUGUCCCGGAGCUGUGCCACAUGGAGGGAGGCUCCACCUCCAAGGUGCUGGUGCCCAGGGUGGCCUCAAGUGUCAGCUCCUCCCUGAGCCCCCAGGAGAUCAACUGUGGCUCUCAGGCCCCUCUCAGGGACAGAAGGGAGCUGAAGGAGCCAGCUCAAAAGGUCAAGGAGGAGGCAAAAGCCCUAGAGGAGGAAGAGAGGAGGAAGAGAGGCAGAAGAAGGGAAAGAAGAGUGUCUCUGUUGGGAAGCAAGCUCCAAAACCAGCAAAGGGGAAAACCAAGACCCAAGAGAAUAAGGAAACCAAAAUCCCAAAAAAGGAAACCAAAAUCCCAGAGAGGAAGGAAAUCAAAAUCCCAGAGAAGAAGGAAAGCAAAGCAUCAGAAGGGAAGAAAAUGAAAGCAUCAGAGAAGAAGGACACCAAAGCAUCAGAGAGGAAGGAAACCAAAAUCCCAGAGAAGAAGGAAGCCAAAGACCCAAAGAAGGGAGAACCCAAAGCCGUCAAGAAGGGGGGAACUGAAAUCCCAAAGGACUAAGCUAAGAUGGAGAAGAACCCUUUAUU